AUGGUUAAUCCCAAUAAUGAUUCCGAAAAAACUCAAUUGGAUCUUGUUCUGACUUUAGUUGUUGAGGCUGCCAAGCUAACAAAGACUUUGACUCAAUUCUUGAAUCUAGGAGCUAAGAGAUUUUCUUGUUCUCUUAGCAUAUAUGACCUUGCUCGGUUUAUAUCACUGUAUCAAUUCCCUAAAUCUAUGCGUCUUCGUUUGCCAUCCUCUAAGGAGACAACUAAUAGCUUUGCUCUGAAUGAGGUCUACUUCUAUGGCCUUCAUAGCAACCCUCUACCUCACUUGAGUUGCUGGAGGGCUGGUUAUAGUCUUAAGCAGUCUACACCUCCUCCUAUUACUGUUGGGGUAGAAGGCUCCACACCCAAGUCUCCAGCGAUAGGCAUUUACUCCUCCCCUAUUGCUCCCAAAGACAAAGGGAUGGAGAAAGUUUUGGAUGAGGAGUUUAAAGCCUCCAAUUGGGAUGAUAAAGAGGAUGCAUUUUUAGUCUUUGACUUUGGGCCUAUUAAGAUAGCUUUUAUGAUUGCUUCAGCCAUUGGGAGGGUAGAGUUGAAGUCCAACAUGAAGAGUCUUGAAUCGAAAAAGGUGGAUCAUGAGAGAUUCAAAGAUUCCCUAGUCUCUCCACAAGUACUAAAGGGCGAGCUACAGGAAAAGUUGUCUACAAUUUCGGCGAAGAUCGCAGAGACUACAACAAAAGUAGUCAAUGCUUCCAAGUGGGUUGCUGAGGCUAAGGAUGAGAAGAAGGGUGUCGAAGUUUAG